GACAGGAGACAUCGGCGCAUGAAAGUCAGUCGAGUAUGGUCGACCGAUCGGUGAAUGUGCGUUGUGGGUUUAUAACUUCAACCAGUACACCCGGGUUGUCCGUCGCUCCCGCGAUCAAUCGUUGCAAUUAAAGCGGGGAGAGACACGUUUUCUCGCGCAUUCCGCGCGAUUUGUCAAUCGUGUGUGUCACGGUGCGCGAAAAAGAUACAAGUUUCGCCGAGGUAGGUAAAGAAACAAAGAGAAAUAAAAAUCUUUUGCGGAACGGCAUACGAGCGAAGAAGUGAGUCACCGGUGAAGGUCUGUGACUUGAGAAAAAAUAAAAUGAGACACUUCGCGCGUUGCUGGCUGUUUGUGGUGCUGGGCGCGUUGGCCGCGGUGGCUCUUGCCGCGAUCAGGAACGACGCGUCGACGGUCGACGGACUUAGACAAACUCUGUUGCAAUUGGAACGGGAGUUGAAGAAGAAACUCGCCGACGAGCGAAGAUGGAUGAACGUCACGAACGAGCAGGAGAAGUAUCUGUUUCUGAUCAAAGCGUACAAGAGAUUUGGCAACGAGGUGGACAAACAAUUUCCCGCGGACCGACAGGAUCACUUGCGAUCGCUGGACUCCAUGUGGCUUUGGGCCCGCGCGAAGGUCGAGGCCAAGAGCGUCAACGGCUUGUACAACGUGUUCAGACAGAUGCAGCGCGAAAUCGUCGAGCUGAACGCGCCGAUUAACGCGAAGCAGCUGGCGAAUUUUGCCGAGACGAUUCUGCGAGAUCCAAACGCCUCGAUACCGAGAGCUCUCGAUCGCAUCAUGAGUUUGAUUCUUCACGAGAAGUUGUUCCUAGCAGCUUCUCAGGAAGCGUCGGAACAAAUGUGCAAUGAGAAGCAAUCGCCGCAGCAACUGCUGUACAAUUUGUACAAUGCCGUGGCUUUAACGGAGAUCAAGGGUUACAGCAUGAUUCAAUUCUCGUACAUGUUGCUCACUUUGUACAACGAAGGCAAUAACUUUAGCGAAGAGAUUCAAAUGCUGAAGAAUCAGUACGAGACCAGAACGUCUGAGACACUGAGAGCGGUAAAGAUCUCAAUGGCCUUCGCUCCGAGAGGUAUUUGGAGAUGUGAUCCAAGCAGUCACAAGUUGGACGAAACCUACACGGAGUUGAAGCAAGUGUUUCAGGGAUACAUUGUAAACGAGGUGGAUCUGAACGGCGACAACACGUGCAAGGAGAACUGCGCUUAUUACGGAUACACCAAGCAAUACAGUUGCUAUAAGAAUCUGUUUUGUUCGAGACAACGUCAGUGCAACGGCAAGAUACUUCAUUGCGAGUACAUCGAUUCCGACAUGUGGAUCUGUCCCUCGGAGAGAAACAGCAACCGAAGAUACGAAUACAUUCAGUACGAGAACGGUCUCGUUUACGGAAACAAGAACACGUGUCAGCGAACAACGACCAAAGUCGACAGCUGGUGGCGAUGGCUAUUCUGGCACUGCAGCUAUUGCUUUUGCUAUUGCGACGAUCACACAUUGAAUUCCGAUCGUUACUUCAGUCUUCGAUCCGUGACGUCCGACAUCUCGAAUAACAAAGUUAUAACGGGGGCGAAAUUGAAAAAAGUGAAUCAAGUCGUUCACAUACAAAUUCAAGAGGGUCAGUUGCUACCGCGUGGAGCGAUCAAUGCGUCCACAAUCAACUGGCAGCCGAUCAAUGGGUUUUCCAUCAUGGACAGUAACGUGAGAAGCGGCGUUGAUUAUCACAAAAUUGUGUGGGAAAAACGCGCUUUGGAUCUCGACGAUCUGGUUUCGGCGCAAGAUCAUCUGUUGACAGGAAUCCGAUUCCGUAUGGUCGGCAGUCGAUUGAACUUGGAAAUCAGGGUGACACCGUUCAAUUUCACGUCCGGAUUGUUAAUUCAACCGGAGGAGAAGAGUUUCUGGCACAGCAACGACGUCACCGACAGAACCGAGCUGAAGUUCGUCGACCCCGACAUACCGAUCCGCGAUCCCGUUCAGCACGUGCCGGAUUCCGGGGUGAAUCAAUAUUUGAAUUUCGCACCGAGCGAUCGGCGAAAGGACGCCGCGCAAAGCACGAUUCCAUUUAUCGACGUUCAACCGAUCGAACUGAAUCCGGCAGUGCCGAUCGCCGGGGCCGGUGUUAUUCACAAAGGUCACAAAGGUUCGGGCGGCUUCGUCGCGAUGAAAUUGAUCACCUACGAUUUCGCGCCUCAUUUGCAGAUCGAUCUGCCGCCGGCACCGCCGGUUCUCGAAGCUCCGAACGAAAUCGAACUUCUUCCCGAAGCUUCGUAAAAUUGUUCGUCUUUUUUUUUUUUUUUUUUUUUUUAUACUUUGUUAAAAUAUUAAAGAAACCUGUGAUUUUAACAAGGACCUCAAUGUACAUACCGAGGUGCAAAACGCGUAUCGAACGGUUGAAUAUAAAAUGUCGAAUUCUAAAAGUUUUAUGAAACAUAAUUGAUUUAAAAAUAAACAAAUAUCGAUAGUUUAACGUUUAGAAGCUGCAAAUGCUGUGAAAACGUUUACUUGUUCUUUUAUUUUCCUCUUUUAAGUUUAUCCAAAAUGAAAAUUCGCGGUUUACUUUAAUUAAUUGUCUCAAUCAUUUGUUAUAUUACGUCUCCUUGAAAAUUAUCUCUCUGAGAUUUUUUUUAUUAAAACCAAAUCUGAACGCCGAACAUUUUAUAUCCAACUCUGAUCUAUAAUGUGUUUAGAUUUCGUUACAAGCAACUUUGUAAUUACGUACGGAUUUUUAAUAUACUAUUGUAAACUCUCAUUUUGUACACUCGUAGAAAUACACUCGUAGAAAUACACUCGUAAUGAAAUAGUGUACUGUCAAAUGCCAAAUGAAUUAAUAAUUUUUAAGCGUAAAGUAUAACACAGAAGAAGUCUCUGACUACAGAAUCUCUUCCACAAAUUAAGUUUCUCUUACUUGUUUCUUUAAUAGUAGAAAAGUUUAUCUUGAAAUUUAUCAUAUUUAAAAAAAUGCAGAAAUAUAUCGAGUAUAUGAAGAUAAACACAUAUGUUAGAACAGCAAAACCUUUCUCUCUGCAUUUCUCAAAUUUGAUUUUAUCAAUAAAACAUUUGAGUUCAAGUUUACGAUUAUAGUGUAGUUAGCUAUUAAUUUUAUAUAAAUUAGUUGUAAGAUUUUAAAAUAAAAUAUCACACGAUAUAUACAACAACAAA